AACAAGGCGAUAGCAUUUUUGAUUUAACAUUUGGACUCAAGCCCAAUUCAAUUUCUUUCUACGUUGCCUCAUAAGAUUUCCAGAAGAUUUUCCUUCGGCACUGCCCCGCCUUCCUGUUCGACGAUUUGUCGUUCUUCCAUAUCUCCCCAGAUGUCACUGGUUUCUUUUUAAGGUAUGGACCCCAAAGGCGCAGAGCUGAGAUACUAUGAGGAUGAGGACACUGCGGUGAUGAAAACAGUAAAAGGUGCAACCGCCGGUCUGGCUGCUGGAACCAUUUGGGGCACUAUAGUUGCAACAUGGUACGACGUACCACGUGUGGAGAGAAGUGUUGCACUGCCUGGUUUGGUGCGGACGCUGAAGAUGAUGGGAAAUUAUGGGGUGACAUUUGCUGCUGUAGGUGGAGUAUAUAUAGGUGUCGAGCAGUUGAUGCAGAAUUAUCGUGCGAAGAGAGACUUCAUGAAUGGUGCUGUUGGUGGAUUUGCAGCUGGCGCUUCCGUGUUUGGCUAUAAAGGGAAGAGUAUCGCGACAGCAAUCUCAGCUGGUGCAGCACUUGCAGUGACCUCUGCUGUGAUUGACGUGGGAGGUCAAACCACAAGGGUUGACAAUGGCAAGGAGUACUACCCUUACACCACCCAGCCCAAACCCGGACAUGCUCAUGCUGCUGCUGAAUGAAUCAGUUUUUCUAUCUAUCUAAUUGCUUGCUUCCGGCACAAAAUAGUGGGGAGCGUGCAGUGUUGUUUUCUAAGACUUGAUGAUGUCUGUGUCUUCUACUUUAUCAUCAUUCAUGGCUGGUGGUGUAACUCUGUACUACCAUGUUUUCCUGUUUUAUAUUACAAAAAAAUAAAAAAAAUGUUACUGUAGAUAAUACCCCCCUUCAGCAGAAGAAUAGAGUUACAUACGAUUGGAGUGGCUACUCGACGGUCUCGACCAUGAGAACGGGCUGUCUGGUCUUGCCUGUGACAUUGCAUGCAUGGUCAUGGUAGACACUACUACCCAAGUGGGUAGGAAUUUAGGAUCUACCUAACCUCCUGUUUUUUAAUCUGCUUAAGGAUGCACAUGUGAUAUUAUUGUAAAAAAAUGAAUUUCUUGUGAUAUUAUUGUAAGUUGGUAACAGGAAAGACCAUGUAUUUCUUGUGUGCCUGCAAAUCUGCAGCAGCAAUAAAUGAUGCUUUGCCC